AUGGAUUCAUAUCAGACCUUUGUGAAAAUAUUCAAACAGGCAGUAUCUACUAGAAAUUAUUACGAAUUGUCGAAUAUCUGUGAGAAUGGUCAUGAAUUCCUCGCAAUUGUUUCGCUCGAACACAGGGAAUUAAUUGUAUGCAGCAUAUUUGAUGAAAAUAAUGGCUUGUUGAGUUUCCUCAAAUAUGAACUUUACCAUUAUGUACCAGUAUUGCAGUUUGUGUGCCAGUUAGGACUAAAUGUAAUAUGUAAAUAUCUUGUCAAAAAACAUGCUUGUAAUGCUUUUAUAAAAUUGAUAGAAUUAUUUAAGGAUUAUGACUUAAAAUUUAAUGAAACAAUUCAUGAGUUUUGUUGGAGAUUUAAUAAAUUUGAGGUAAAAGAAAAAAGAUUUAUAUUCUGUAUACUGGGUAAAAUAAUUAAGCACAAUGAAAGUGUUCGCUCGUCGCGGUAUUUAGAUACUAUUUUCAGACAACUACAUGCUGAUGCGUGUCAAGAGUAUAAUCUCAAUAUCAACGUACGACAGGACUUCCAUUUGUAUUUUGAUGCUCUUGCGGACAUAUUAGAUGGUGUAAAACCGCUGAAUGCAAUAAAGGAUAUACUUCUCCCUAAUUUGUACAAAUGGAUCAAAGAUCUCAGCCAACCAAAUCAACAAGGGGAUAACCAGGAGAGGGUCAAAAAAGUUAUGAUAUCAGCACUUGAUUUUCUACGUCGUCAUAUGAAUCUAUUUCAAAAUCUACUGUAUCCUGAUUGCAUGUAUUGGCAUGAUAUCCUUCAACGCUUAUCGCUCAAAACAACCACUUAUGGCAUUUGUGGACAACGUGCAUUGAAAAAAUUUUAUCGAAUUAUUGGGCAAAUUCUUAUAAAUAAAAAUAGUGACGAGAGCGAAAUAUUAAAGAAAUUUUUGGAAUAUUUCUGUAGAGAAUUCGAAAAAACUAAUUUAGAUGUAACCACAUUGCGAUUAAUUGUUUAUGGCUUCAGUCAAAUGGCUGCGCCAUGCAAAGUGCACAAGACUGCAUUGAAAGUAGAACAUAUGUAUUCCAUUACAACCAGUUACGCGCUUCCUCAUUGUUCCAGCGAGCAUAGUCAUUCGACGAUGAUAGAGAGCAUCUGUUAUUAUCAAGAAAUACUCUCAGAAAUACUGUAUCACAUGACUGAUGUUACAAUUGAAAACAUUAAUGUUCUUAUAAAGCUUAGUAUCUACGCGAUCAAGAGAUUCCCCGAUUUAGCAAUAUCUAACAACGCGGUCGCCAUUUCAGCAUUGACUAAAACUAUCAGCAAUCUUGCGAGCGUCAAUAAAGAUCUACUGCAGCGAUACCUCGAUAGUAUAGUUUAUGACGGUAUUGCGUGGAGUUGCUCGCACACUUUGGCGCUUGACGCAGAAUUGCAACGGGAAUUGAACAAUCUGAAACAGUCACCAGUAUGCUACAAGAAUUACCUACCGCUGUGGACGGAGCUAUUGAAUGUUGAGAAAUAUCAUGGAGGAAUAUCACAAGAACAGUUAGUACAAUACGUAGCCAACACUAUGGUAGACGUAUGCAUCAGGUUGAUAAAUCGCCUGAACAUAAACGUGAAACGAAGGAACGAGGAUACUGUAUUAUCCGAUGUAGCUCUGACUCAGAACGCCGUGAAUCAAGCGGACUUCCGUGUGUUUGUGAAUCUCGUGGACCUCUAUGUCGACGUGAUCGAUGCAUCAGAGCCGCAAACGUUCGCCAAAACCGUACACAGAUUUCUCUGCGAAGUAAUUCGAUUAUCGUACAAAUAUCCGCUGAUAUCUGGCUUCUACAAAUUGAUUCGAUCUGGUAUGAAAGUUUUUACUUAUAUAUCAGAAGACAAAGAGGAAGAGAAAAGCGCAGAGUUGCGACGAAUGGAGGAGCUUUUAUCUAAUUACUUAUGGUACACUCUCGAUCUAAUUCCUACGUUCUCCAAUGAACUACUAAUCGCAUGUCUCUACCUGAUCCUAGACACACCCUUCAUGUAUGUCAAAGAUGCGCUGCCGCGCACACUAUCGAUGUUUAAGAUCGCGUUCACUGUUGGUCUGAGCAACUUGGAACUCGCGUAUACCGCGCUCACUUCUCUCGAGAUAUGGAUAGCAAAGGCACAGGAACAGAAACAAGAUGAAAAAAUAAACGAAUUAUUACGUGAAAUCAUCGUGUACUUAGAACCUUAUUUGUGCAGCACGGAAAGCUCUUUUGAGGUCUCACAAGACUUGAUAGCGGCGAGAAAGCGCGUGAAACAUGUUGAUGUUAUCAAUACAGAUUAUACGCUGCGGAACUACCAGCGGCGAGUUUUACUGUUCCUCGGAUCGCUUGAUCACGAUAUGCUAACGAGUUUUGUGCACGAGCAAGCUUCUCGUAAUACUGGAGCGUCCUGGGAUUAUAAAGAACUAUUCAAAGUUUGCAAGUACAGUCUGUUACUGCCAGAUGUACAACUGAUUAUCCAUUUUGACCGGAUGCUACCACGGGUAAUUGCGUUAGCGCGCGACUCCAGCGAUCGGCGCACGAAGAUCGCAGCUUGCGAGGUUCUACACUCAAUGAUAACUAUUAUUAUCGGCUCAAUAAGGUCCGAUCCAGAGACUCGCUUUCCCACUCUUUAUAGCACUUUAUGUCAGACCGUACUUGUUCUCGGCUGCGACUCAGAUGAGGUCGUAUGUAGCCUCUUUCGUCCACUGGCGAUGCAGCUAAUGCAUUGGUGGAGCUCCAAGCUCGAGGCAAUGUCGUUUGUAAUCGAUUCACUUUUCGACAGUUUGAUCAACGACUCGAAUCCCGCUUUGCGCGAAUUCUCCGGCAUGUGUCUUGCAGAGUUCACACUCUGGUCAAUCAGGCAGGCCAAAACAGACAGAGUGCAACAUGUGGAGAUGAUCAUCGAAAAGAUCAACAAUCUCGCGUUGCAUCCUUUGACGCAUAAACGCAUAGCCGCAGCCGUAGCCUUCAAUCAUCUCUAUAAGAUUUUACGCGAGGAAGACAACCUAGUGUCAAUAUACUGGUUGGAAAUAUUUUAUUGUUUUGUCCGCAGCUUAGAUGGAUGCAAUGAUCUGUCAAUCACGAAUGCAUUGGCCCAUAUCGAGAAAGUAAUGAAAGUCGAGGCGGAAAGUCUAAAAACACCCAAUCAUGACCGUCGAAAACCGCACGAGUUCGAUCACGCAACACUGACUUACGCUCUGUACUGGUUGCUGUCACAAUGCGGAAAUUUCGAUGAGCAUUACCGUGCGAAAUGCAUGGAACUGUACGUUAACGUGUCGCAACAUAUCGACAGUUCCGCGCAGGAAACGAUGCAGAACUUCGUUGAUACUUAUGGAACAGAACGUCUGAACGAUGAUAUCAUCUUAAAAGGCUUAAAAUCAAGCAUGGAGGAUAUUUCCUCGGCUAGUAAUAUGAAGUCACUAUUGAAAGCUCUCGAUUGUUACAUGUGGCUGAUAAAUAAGAAAUUGCUAAGUGUAGAAAAACUCUUUCCCGCCAAUGAUAUAGACAAGCAACUAAUUUUUGUCUAUAUUCGUAAUUUUACUUGUCAAUUCUGGGAAACAAUCAAAGAGUCCUCGACUACAAUGAAAUCUAGAGAACUCGAACAACUACAGUGCAAAGUUCUGAUGACUACGUUAAAUUUCGUACAAAUGCUAUUGAACGUUAACGUCAAUUUUCCGAAAUCGUUAUGGGACGAGUCAUUGUCCGCUUUAACGAUUAGAUGUAUAAUGCAUCCACGAACACUCGGUUUCAAUAUGAAAAAUAUUAGGAUGAUGGAUAAACUGCCACAUGUCUUGGAAACUCUGUUAAAUUCGAUGAGAUCGAGAUAUAAUUAUGUUCUGCCGGAUAUUUUUAACAAAUAUCUUUUAAAUUUUAUUCGGAAAAUCAUCACAAAACUUCUUGAUCUACAAGAUAUCAAAAAAAACAAUUGCUGCGACGAUCUGAUUCAACACGUUAAUGGUCUGAUUCUAUUAAAGCGGUGUGACAUGUUCAAUCCAACGAUGUUAGAAACAAGUGCUUUCACGAAUGCUGAUGACACAAUUACGCAGAUUUUUAAGUUUUUGGUGAAUGAAUGUAUUGGGAAAUUGGCCUGCAAGGACUUGAGCAUGAUUGAGUACUUGCGAGCUUUGAUGGAAUUUCAGUUCUCGCUACUCCCGCCGAUAAUUGAGACACCAGUGAUAAUACCCGAUGAUGUUCGAGCGAUAAUCGAGACACUGGUUAAGUUCAUGUCUAACAAUUUUCCAUUAAUCAGUGUGGACUGCACGAUCACGCACGGCGAACAUUUUCUGAAUACAUUCAGAAGUGUGAUCUUCAAAUAUAUGUUGACACACGUGAGCGCGAUCACCCACGUCUUUGAUAUAUUGCAUAACAAUCCGACCUUCCUGCUGUAGUGGAUUGAAGACAUGUUGCUGUUCCUGAAACGGCACAGGCGCGAACUGCAGGCUCACGUGGACAUCAUAGUCGACUGGAUUCUACAGCAAUUUACUUAUCUAAAGAACGUCAUUUUUAAUGUGGACAGUCGCAAAGAGAGACUAAUAAAUAUUUACAGUAUCGCGGUGCAUCUGAAGUCAAAGCCCACGGAGGUCAAGCAGAAUGAUGAAUUCUAUCAGUGGAUUCAGGAUGAAUUAACGAAUAAUGACAAUUUCGAGUAUAAGACAAAGAUUCUUAAAAACUUCUUCGUCUGCCUAACAGAUCGCAAUGACUUGCAGAUACGUAGGGCCUUAAGAUUCAACAGUCUUUGCUCGAAUCUAUCUGAGACGAGCGUGAACACCAUGAAAGUGAUCAAUUGCUUCGAGACACUGCUAGUACUGCUGUCGACGACCAGAUCAGUGAUAAUGCUCGAGUGCGUGAUAAACGUUGUCGCCGGUACCGAGCGACAUAUUACCGAUAGAAAUCGUCUCUUCGACGAAAAACUGGAGGAGCAUCUGCGUGGAUACUACUAUGGAGCGUCCCUUAAACACGUUCUAGAAUCGCUGCAAGAAACCUACUCUAAGUUUAUGGAGAUAAACACUACUGAAACGAAAAGACUUCAUAUUUUGCACAGGUUUCUCCUGCCAGCGUUUAAUUUUUGCGACUCAGUCGCUAUCGAAAGUUUCUUUGAGCGUAAUUUCGAAGUUCUGUACAAUGAAUACACUAAUUUAUCGUACAUUUUAACUAAAGACUAUGAUGCAUUGAAGCAAAAAAUCGUAACGAUGAUUGGAUACUCCCAAUUACUUACAAUUAUGUUUGCCAGAGUGGAUAAGAACAAAAUACAGAUGAACAAAAUGAGCACACAGAGUUCAAUGAAUCUAAAAUCUGAUUCAAAAAUUCUGAUCAAAAGGUCUGUUAAAUGUGACACAUUCAAACUGAUACACAGCAGCAUACAUAUACAGACAAAAGUAUUCAGACAGUCAGUAGAACAAAAACUCAUGCGUCUGUUGCAUCGUUCUGCAUACAAUUUCUUAUUGGCGAUCAUAAGCUUGAAUGAAAAGUACUAUAGUAAUGCAACUAUAAUAAGCCGUAUAUUUCGUAAAUGCAUUUGGGAAAAUAUUAUAAACUGUAGCACACAGUACAAACUUGGUCAGACCUUUAAGGAUUAUCCAAAAACCUGCGAGAUCACAGUCAAUAUCAGAUCCACGGAAGUCGCCAGGAAGGAGCAACAGACGCAUAGAUAUUCCUAUGUUCACAGCUAUGAUUUAUCGACUUGUACAUUAAGUGAGGAUAUUAAUGCCUAUGAUCUCAACAAAUGUGUCGUGUUGCCGGCCGAUUUUCAUCAUUCCACUCCGACAAUAAAUUCCGCCGAUUCCGCUCCACUUCGCACACAUAAUGUGACGACCAUCACCUUAACAAGCGACGAUUUUAACAAACAUGAAUGCAUGCCAUAUAUUUGCGUUCUAUUACGACAUAUCAGAAAGGCAUUCAUAUCGACUGACACAGAACCCGAGUUGCUUAAGAAUUUCCUCGACGUUAUGCAGCUCAAUGAUAUUCAUGUGAAUAUUCAGCUAUUCAUGCUAAAAAUUAUUUCAAACACAGCAGAUGAGGUAUUCAAGCCUUACGCCAAGUUCUCGCUGACAAAAAUCAUCAAGACUAUCGUUAAUUAUUUGCAAGGAAACAAUAAUUUGAAUUACAUUAUUACGGACGUUUUGGAGAUACUAAUGGAUUGGCACGAUGUAGCCAAACCAAACAACGAAGACAGUAGAGCAGAGGCACAAAAACUUUUUGAGAGAUUUAGUGAAAAAAUAUUCGAAAAAAAUUCUGACACUAACAAUCGCGUCCGUAAGUACAAUCUCAAUCUGUUAAGGACUAUGGUAGAAAAAUGGCGCAGCUGCUUACGGCUGCCGAGCGAUUUCCUAAACCAACAAAUAAUAUCCGCGCCGUCAGCUGCAGUAUUUCUUAUCCUGAUAUUUCUCAACAAUAAUAUAAUAGAGGAGAUUGUAACUAAAGAUGAUAUCGUUAACUUUCUACUGAAGCAAUUGGAAAAUUGGAAUGCAUCUGAUUCGGACGAGACGCCUCUGCAGUGCUGCGAGUGUCUCGGUUUGUAUCUACGUUUUCUAGAUAACAACAGGCGCGAAAGAGAUAAAAAUGAAGUAAAGGACAAAAUCUACAAGAUCCUCGGUGAUUCUUCACUGUAUCACUUGGACAAACAAGUGAAACGCGUCGCUCAUCUCUGCCAAAUUUAUCCCGAGGUAGCCCAAAAUUAUAUUAAUGUCGCGAUUAGUGCCAUGAAUGCGAAGAAGUACCAGGCGAAAUCUCUAGAAAUAUUAGCGUUAGCGAUACCUGGACUCCCUGCGGAAAACAUCAUUGACAAUCUGUACCAUAUAAGGCUGCAGAAGAUCUUAGAGGCUCGGAUGUCGUGCUGCGAGAAGGUAGCAUUGCGAAUCGUUCGUGACGUGGUGAAUAUAUUGCCGAUAGAAAAGCUGCCUGAGAAACAGGAAACAGUGAUUCUAUACGUCAAGGACAAUAUCACGGAACACCGAGAAUUGGUUUAUGACAUACUUAUGAGGAUCCACAAGAGAUGUUCGGCAGAUAUCGCGGACAACAGUGCAAUCGUGAAAAAUUUACUAUCUGUCAGUGAGCGAAAUCUACUGACCGGUCUAUUGGACCCAUCUCCCGAUCUACAGGACAAAAUACUAAAGUUCUGGAUAGAGGAGACGAACCUGGGAACAAAGAAAUUGAAGGAUCUAUUGGUCUCGCUUUUAAAAAUGUAUACGCCUCAGCUGAUAACGGAAGAGGAUGCAUUCGCACCCUUCGUGGCAUUGCUAAUGUUGCAACAGGCCACUAAAUCGACAUAUUAUACGAAGAAGAUAUUCAACGAUCCUUUACCUUGUAAUACAAGUCGUUUCAAGGAGUUUAACAUAACCGUUUCCUGGCAAAGGCGAAAUCUGAGCUGCGUAACGCCAAUUUUCGUCGACUCACUCGCCUCUCAAAUGAGCUACAGCAUCUUUUCUCAGAGUGUUAAUAACGAUUUAAGCGGUAUGAUUCCUACAUUCUCUCAUUCACGUCUCUUGCAAGAUUUACGCACAACGCAAGAUCUGCAGUUCGAACCGACUCUUGACGACGACGACGACGACAACGCCGCGGAUGCAGCUACAAUGCUUGAUAUUUCAUUGCACAACACUGGAUUUGAUCGAACGAUAAUUGCAUCCUCGUCGAGACAACCGCUAGAGACCGCGAAGCGCAAGACAUUCACCAGAAUUCUGGCGAAUACACCAAAUGUCACAAACAACUUCCGUAACGAUCAAAUACGAAAAAAUUUGCAACGGACAGAAAGAAUAAACCAGGAGAAUAUCAGACAGAGAAGUAGUGUGAAAUUGUACAGGAACUAUAGGAUCGGAGAGGUUCCUGACAUCGAGAUAUCUCACAAGAGUUUUAUCGUACCGCUUCAACAGUUAGUUAAAUUGGAUCGGCUGAUCUGUAAAGACGUGAUCGUGUCUCUGUUCUGUUCACUGAUCGAGGAAACGACUGAUCAAGAAAAUAAAUCUGAUAAUUUCCGUCAGACCAUCGUAAACAGUCUGAAGAAAAUCCUACAUGAAUCGUGCGAGAGGGACAGUUCUUUCAACGCUGUUAUUUUAGAAACGUUGCUAAAGUUGAGUCAAAACGUUGCUACAAUCGCCAAUUGUUGUGAUCCGCGAGACGUAAUGAAGGCAUCUAAGGCUAAUCAUUUGAACGCUCUCGGUGUUCUUCUCUUGGAACGCAGUUUACUGCCUGAUGCGCAGGAGGACGACUCAUUACCCACAUCAAGCAAGAGAAUGCGAAUACAGGACGAUGUAAUUCAUCGCGAUGAGACCAAUAAGUGGGUGCAACUGGCGUCUCUUUAUAAAUCUCUGAAUGAUGUUGACGUCACUCUAAAUGUCUUCCGAGGACAAUUUUUCGACCAGAACGUGCAGGAAGCGGCUCUCGCGGAGGUAAACGGUGACUGGGUUCGAGCAAAGGAUGCGUUUACGAAAGCUUAUGAAGAAAUAACAGAUUCUUCAAUAAAGGAACAUUGCUUGCAAGGGUUACUUGAAGCAGUAAACAAUCUCUGUGACUGGUCAGCGAUCAAUCAACUCGUGAAGAAACGAGUUGAUAAUCAACAUGUGAGAAAUAACCUAUGCAGUAUCUGGAACGACGCAUGGAGAGACUGGAUAAUCCCGUAUACUUGCGAUGCCUAUGUGCAUAUGAUGUCGGAAAAGGAAGAUUUGCCUAUAAACUCGGUUAUGGAGAUACAGCAAUCGUGGAUAUAUGAUCAAGAAAAAUUGCAGCAUCUUAUGCCCUUGACAGGCGAAAAUCUGGUGAUGUUUCUGCUCAACGAGGAUGUGAGAAAGGCAACCGAUCUGUUAAAUGAUCUCUUAGAUAUGACGGGAAAGCAAUGGGUUGGACUCAAUCCUCUCUGCACCGAAUUGCGAAUACACAAAUUAUACAAGCUACAAAUGAUGAACGAUCUCAAUGCUUCCCUCAAGAUUCUUCGUUGCGCGAACGAAGCAGAGUACUUGAACAGAAUGGUGGCGCUGUUGAAUUUAUGGUCAAUGAAAACUACUACAAUUCGAGACAAUCUUAUUCAAUGGAACAAAUUAGCUGCCUAUCGAACAUAUUCCUCGAUAUUGUUCCAGAACAAAUACAGAGAACAAGAAGUGACAAAGCGGUGUGAUCAAAUCAAUUAUCAGCUCCGAUUAGGUAUCAUCAACGCUGCGUUGAAUCAAAAACACCGAUAUAUUGCCGAGAAACAUCUAAAUUAUGUAACAAGUGAAGCAUUUUAUGAGGAGAACGUUUGUUAUCUGGAUGUAAUGUGGCUUAAAGCUAGACUCAAGUCUUUAUUUGCCGACGUUGAAACGGACAUUUCCAAGAAAAUGUCCAAUUACACUGCUUCCUGGAAAAACUCGCAUAAAUUAUUGAAUAAGAACGGUGAGCUCGAUAUCGACACGAGUAAUGCCAUCAGAGAACAUAUCAGCACAAUGGCUUCGAAGAUCGAAUUCUUGAGCAGGGAGAACAAGGAAUUUGCGAUAGCAUUAAAGUACAACACCACGAUCCUGCGGGACAUAGGAAAAGUAGAACACGGAAAAGAAAUAACAGCAGUACCGGGAAUACCAGUGGAUGAUCUGGAUAAUAUCCAGAAAUAUUUGCUGCGUUAUAGUUUGGAGAAGCUGCAAUCUUGCUGCAAGGAUACGACCACCGCCAACGUUGGCAAACACUACUGCGCCCUGGCUAAACACUGUUACGACAGAUUAAUGAGUACUGACGUAGAAAGCGACGAGAUCUUCCAAGAAUUUCUGUCGUCCACUUUGAAAUCCAUGUAUCACGAUUGUCUCGAAGCUACGCAUUACUUCCCUUGUUUGCUGAAACCUGAACGAUUACAGAACGACAAGACGCAAGAAACAUUCGUCCAAGAAUGUGCUAAAUUGCAACCGUGGCUGUUUUUGCGCUGGCGAGACCUGCUCUUUUCCCAUCUGAGAACACCGUCGAUUUCAACCGCGAUUAUACCGAUUAUCAAAAAGCUCGCAGAGAAAUAUCCCGAUGCGAUUAUCUAUAAUUAUUACCUUACCGUCGAAAGGAACCGCAGUAUUCUUAAGGAUGUGAUCUUACACGACAAAGCGAAAGAGUACGAGCGGUUCUUGCGAGCGAUACAAUACGUGGUGCAACCAGAACUGUAUUUGAAACACUACGUCGAAAAGGCGAUACAGGAUCUAUCUUCGGAAAGAAAAAAUAUGGCCAUCGAAUUGCUCUUGCAAAAAGUCUAUCCAGAUUCCAACAUAAGCACGAUAGAAGGAAAGAACCCGCGACCAGGUGCUAUUUUUACAGAAAUUGGAUGUUACAAGAGCGAUAUAGCAUCUUUGAAGCCUGAGAAGUUGCGGAAGCCUAAAGUUGCGGAAGAAGAAUUGAAAAAACUUUUACAAUCAUUGAACGACAAGUCCCGAAACAAUAGGAAACUGAGCACAAAUAAGCUGGUGAAAUAUAGCCCGUUCUUGCAGGAAUACAUCGGUGGUAGUAUCGAGAUACCCGGACAAUACACCGGUGAUAGGGAACCCAUGCUGCGCUACCAUGUAAAAAUCGUGCGGUUCGAGCCGCAAGUGGAGGUCAUGCAAUCACUGCGCAAACCGAUUCGUAUCAGCAUGAUAGGCGACAAUGGUAAAGAGUACAAGUUUCUGGUAAAAUUUGGCGAAGAUCUAAGAAUGGACCGGGGCUUACAGCAACUAUAUUCCACUAUGAACAGAACAUUGCGCAACGAUCCUGACUGCAGACAGAGACGCUUGGCCAUCGACACGUAUGAGGUAAUUCCGUUAUCGAACUCGUUCGGUCUCAUACAAUGGAUUGAAAACACAAGAUCUCUGAAUGAACUAAUAUACUUAACUCUGUCAAAUAGAGAGAUAGAUUGUUGCCAAAACAUUGUUAAGAAAUAUACAGACUGGAUAUGUGAAGCGGUACCCAAACCACCGCUGAGCGAUUAUUAUAAAGAAGCUGUAUCCAAAUACAGGCAGCAAGCGGUCACGGAGAACAUGAAUCGUCUGAUUAGAGAGACGAAGCAAACAGCUCUACGUGAUGCGUUUGUUUCGAUUAGUCCAUCCCCGGAAUGUUUUGUUAUGCUGCGACGCAACUUCGUCACCAGUUACGCGACCAUGUGUGUGGCGCAUUGGCUCGCAGGAAUCGGUGAUCGCCACCUACAGAACACCCUGGUACACGUCACGACUGGACGUUGCUUAGGCAUCGAUUUCGGUCACGCUUUCGGAAGUAGUAUACAAAUACCUAUACCGGAACUCGUACCAUUCCGUCUGACACCACAAAUCCUCGAACUGCUGCGACCCUUCACAGAACGGAACCUUCUAGCAACGAUCAUGACCUAUACAAUGCAGGCCUUGCGCGAUGAUCAGGGUCCGAUCCUCGCUUGCAUGGACAUCUUCGUUCACAAGCCCAUCCAGCGGUCGAAUAAAAAUUACGAGAUAAACGAUGAGGACAUUGAUACAGAUUUAGAAUGGUCCAAGAAAAAUAUCGAGAUAGUUGCGAAGAAGUUAAAUGGAAUCCAUCCUUCAAUCAUUACAUUAGAACAAUUGAAAUCGCCAUACAAUAAAAACGUUACCAAUGGAUACUUUGACAAUAAAUACCUUAAAAAAUGUUCAGCUAUUGUUUCCGGCAAUGAUGAGAUCAAACAAGCGCGAGCUGAUAUAAAAAGGGACCAUUUGACUGCUGUAGAACAGGUGAAUUGUUUAUUGGAUCAAGCAAAAGACUUGAAUAUCUUGGGUCGUAUGUAUCAAAAUUGGCAACCUUGGUUGUAA